AUGGCGUCGAGCGGUGACGCAGCCGGAGUUGUCGUGCCGAGGAACUUUAGACUGCUGGAAGAGCUUGAGAGAGGAGAGAAGGGCAUUGGGGAUGGAACAGUUAGCUAUGGAAUGGAUGACGCAGAUGAUAUCUACAUGCGCUCCUGGACAGGAACAAUAAUUGGUCCCCACAACACUGUCCAUGAGGGCCGGAUUUAUCAGCUGAAGCUUUUCUGUGACAAGGACUAUCCCGACAGGCCACCGACUGUUAGGUUUCACUCAAGAAUCAACAUGACCUGUGUAAAUGCCGAGACUGGAUUGGUGGACCAAAGGAAGUUUAGCCUGCUGUCCAACUGGCGCCGUGAGUACACAAUGGAGAACAUCUUGAUACAGCUUAAGAAAGAGAUGGCGACAUCACACAACCGGAAACUAGUGCAGCCUCCGGAGGGGACGGUCUACUGA